CCCUACUGCUUCAGUGGUCUCCAUAACAUACAGAUGUAAGAUCCUGCCUGAACUGCUGCUGCUCUAUGACUCCCAGAAGCAUAGGGGCUGUUUACAUGCUAGCUUUGUUCUGACCAACAGGCCUUGGUCAAAACACUUGUUAGCAUGUAGGGUCACAGUCUUUGGUCAACAUGUUCACCUCUUCUUCCCGAUUAUCAACUCCUUGUUGACAAGAGUUGUGUUUAUUCCUCUUUUCUAGCACCCAAAACACUGUGCGGCUGAAAAAGUAACAGACAUUUUGGAGAUGGCAAUUCCUGGCAUGCACUCAGCGGCCACUCUCCCAUGGCUGAGCAUCUCUGUUAGAUAAUGGCUGUCUCUUGCUAAGCCCAGAUGUGGCCUCUGAAUCCUCUUCAAUAUAAACCCCUCCCCCAGGCAGCCACUGUAUUUCAAUAAGUGAUGGCAUGUGAGCUGAAGCCUGUCUGCCCAUCUUUCCAGAAAUGUUUGCUGAAUGGUAGAGAGUUAAUAAAUUCCUGGGUUCACCAGGCAGAUGUUCACAAAAUGAAUUUCCAAAAUAAACAAGAAAAUGUCCACAGGAACUCACUAAAUAUUUAGUGAUAGUAUUGAUCAUUUAGCCUCUGUCAUAAUCAUUGUAGUGACAUUUAUUUUUAUUCUUGCUCUUUCUGUGACUUAUCUUACUAAAUUGGUCUCAAUACUAACAGACUUUAAAAAAACAUACUGUAAUCUUGUUUAGGGAGGUAGGUAGUUACAUGAAUUUAUAUGGGUAAUAAAAUGCCAUACAGUUAUAUAUGAAUUCAUACAAAAAAAUUAGUAUAUGUAAAAACUACCAAGAUCAGAGUAAGGUCUGUAGUCUAGUUAGUUGUAUUGUGUUCAUGUCAGUUUCCUAGUUUUGAUAAUGCAAUGUACUUACAUAAGAUUUCACCUUGGGGGAAGCUGGGUAAUGGGUACACAAGAACUUUCUAUGCAGCAUUUUUGUACUUUCUUAUAAAUUUAUAAUUAUUCCGAAAUGAAAAAAACAAAAAUAACUUGUGGUAUCCAGUACCCAACUUUUUUAUGUGUGAUGUGGAGGGUAGUGAUGGUUUUUGUUACUGGCCUUCUUGGGUACUGAGAGGUCCUUCCAUUUAUGGAAGGGAUGUCUACUAGGUUGUGGAGCAAACAUUUGAAACAAAACUAUUUCAACAGACAAGGUGAAGGGUAGAGUGACUCUCAAGGGAAGUGGCUCCUUUGAAAGAGCCCCUGAUUUGCAACUGGAAAAAAAUUCCUCCCAUCAGCCCCUUAGACAACCAGGGCCCCUCUUUUACGAAUACCCAUUUGCUCAUGAAGUCCCUCCACUUUUCAUGUUUUUUUACAAGGUCACCAGCCACUUCAAGCUCAUUGUAGUCAACCUACAAGAAGCUAUCAAAACAAAUAUUCAAAAGAAGGGGAGAGACUGGCAGCACUGGGCAGGUCUAGUAAGAAAAAAGAGGCCUUUGAAGACUGAAAAGGAGGUAGAAGGUCUGGAGGUUCUGUUGCUCUGGACACAGGCCAUCCCCAUCUAGGCCUUCAGGCCCAGUUGUGUAGUCUGGGGUUCCUUGUAAAUCUUCAAGUAAUUAUUUUGUCUUUCACCAAAAGAUUUUCUCUCUCUACAGAAAAUUUCUUCCUCCCUCAAACCUAAUCCUUAACCCCUCAUUUGCUCUUCAAAGAGGUAACUAAGUAGUAGUUGGUUUGCUUCCUUUGAGAAGCAUUUAUAACAGCUGGCAUGAUAUAUUUUUAGCAUUAGCUUCCUUCCCCUUUUGGGGAAACUUUUUUUAGUAUACCAUUGGCCUUCCUAACACAUCCUGCGUUGUAAUGAUGGCUAAGUGAUAUCUCAGAGGCCCAGUGUUGCUAUGGUUCUCUCAGGCCAGGCACACCACAGCCCUUUGAAACGAUCUGUGUCCCUUACCCCACCCAUGAAUGUGCCAAACCAGCCUCUAGGACAUGGAUGGAUGUCUCAUGAGGACUUACGAGCUAGAGGACCCCAGUGCCUCCCAUCCGAUCAUGCCCCCCUGUCUCCACAAAGCAGUGUAGCCUCUUCAGGAAGUGGUGGGAGUGAACACUUAGAAGAUCAGACCACUGCUCGUAACACAUUCCAAGAAGAAGGUAGUGGUAUGAAAGAUGUUCCAGCCUGGUUAAAAAGCCUCCGCCUGCACAAGUACGCCGCGCUUUUCUCCCAGAUGACAUAUGAGGAAAUGAUGGCCCUCACUGAGUGCCAGCUGGAGGCUCAGAAUGUAACCAAAGGUGCAAGACACAAAAUUGUCAUCAGUAUUCAGAAGCUCAAAGAAAGACAAAACCUCCUGAAGUCUUUGGAAAGGGACAUCAUCGAGGGGGGCAGCCUGCGCAUCCCCCUCCAGGAGCUGCACCAGAUGAUCCUGACGCCCAUCAAGGCCUACAGCUCCCCAAGCGCCACCCCAGAGGCCCGCCACCGGGAGCCACCGGCCCCACACCAGCCCUCACUGAUGGGCCCCGAGAGCCAGAGCCCCGACUGCAAAGACAGCACCUCAGCACCCAGUGCCGUGGGUAGUGCCUCCGCCGGGGCCAGCGGCGGGCUCCAGCCACACCAGCUGAGUAGCUGCGAUGGGGAGCUGGCUGUUGCACCCCUGCCGGAAGGGGACCUCCCUGGGCAGUUCACACGCGUCAUGGGGAAAGUGUGCACACAGCUCUUGGUCUCCAGACCUGAUGAGGAAAAUAUAAGUUCCUAUUUACAGCUCAUAGACAAGUGUCUCAUUCAUGAGGCAUUUACAGAGACACAGAAAAAAAGAUUGUUGUCAUGGAAACAGCAGGUGCAGAAGCUCUUUCGGUCUUUCCCUCGGAAAACCCUUCUAGACCUAUCAGGAUAUCGACAGCAAAGAAACCGAGGCUUUGGCCAGUCCAAUUCCCUCCCUACGGCCGGCUCUGUGGGCGGCGGCAUGGGCAGACGGAACCCACGCCAGUACCAGAUCCCCUCUCGGAAUGUCCCUUCUGCCCGCCUUGGCCUCUUGGGCACCGGUGGAUUCGUCAGCUCCAACCAGCGCCACACCGCAGCCAACCCCACCAUCAUGAAACAAGGAAGACAGACCCUCUGGUUCGCCAGCCCUGGAGGCAGCAGUAGCAUGCCUAGUCGCACACACAGCUCCGUCCAGAGGACCCGCUCGCUGCCCGUGCACUCCUCCCCGCAGAACCUGCUCAUGUUCCAGCAGCCAGAAUUCCAGCUGCCUGUGACUGAACCUGACAUCAACAACAGGCUGGAGUCCUUGUGCCUCAGUAUGACCGAGCACGCCCUGGGAGACGGGGUUGACCGGACCUCCACGAUCUAGAAGCUGAAGAUGAGCAUGACCGCGCUGGCCGUGAAAUGGACUGCUGCGGGCCCAGUGUCAGCCAUCUUCUGGGUUGCAGAGAACCCUCCAAGAUACUCUGCAGCCGUUUUGCCCUGGUCCCUCGCCCAGUUUGACUUUGUGAGAGCGCAGGUCAUCCUUGUAAACAUAUCAGUAGAUCCGGGACUGGUUAUGUUGUCACUUGCUUCUGUCAUGAGAUGGUUUGAUGUGCAGGGUGGGGAGGGGUCUCUAGGGAAAUGUGGGACUGGGAGGGGAGGGGCCUCCUGGUUGGAAGGCAGGGGAGAGGCCUGCCAUGAAAGAGAUAUGGGAGACCUAGGAGGAAGCCUUCUCAGAGAGCCUGACCUCACAGGCCACUGAAGAUGGAUACACGUGACCAAAGCAAUAUGGCCGCUCACCUGUAUGUCUCCCACGAUUGGGUUUCCCUGAGGCCCCCACUUGAAACAGCCACAGGAAAGGGUCACAUAGCAACAGGGGCAAGAAGGAAGAAAUUCCCUCCAGCAAAAGUUCACAUAAACUUUGAUUUGUGUAUUGUUUACAUAAGAAUUUUCAAGGGUACCUGAUGUGUAAAGGGUUUGGGUAGGAACUUAUCUUCAUACUAUGGUUUUUGUAAAGGAUUUAUUGUUGCUAUGGAUUCAUUUCUCCUCUAUUUUUAUAAUAGCAGGGUUGUCAUUUAAAACAGCUGCCACGCUCUGCUUCUUGGGAAGUUGGAUGCAGUCAUGUGGCCUGAGUUGUCCAUGUUUCACCCUUAGGUGGGAGGACCGUGUUGAGGGAAUUUGAAGGAUGAGGAUGUGACUGAAUGAGCACAGCACUAGGCAAGGGCACAAGGUUGAUGGCACCAUGUGAUCAGUUGUGGACUUGCUCACGGAUCAUGGAGAGCUUCUGAACCAAUUUUGCAGCCUCUUUCUGGGCUGGAUUUGCUUCUCAUCCAAAGACCCCUCUUCCUUCCCACCCUACCCAUGGGUUUCAUCCUAGCAGUCCUGGUGUCACUCCACAGGCACACAGGUGGAUACAAGUUCCACUGGAGAAAGAAAGACGAGGAUGUAUGUUUUUCCCUUGCAACAGGUCUAAUACCCAGAACACUUAUUCAAGGAAUCUGAGCCUGUGUGUCCCCUUCACUCAUUCCCUGCUGAGGAAAAGGAGAGAAGGGCCAGCAACAGUGUAAUAGGGGUCAGUCAGCAAGUGUGAGAGAGCAUCCAUGGACUCCAGCCCCACCAUCUGAGGGGGGCAGUGAAAGUAGAAGCAAGAAUGGUUGAUUUUAUAAUAGAAGUCAUGGCUCUAUCAAUACAGCAUAAGUCAGAGAUUUGCUAUAUUGUUGACUAAUUCAUCCAUCCUUUCAGAAUGGAAGGGGGAGAAAACCACACUCAUUACAUGGUUAGAGAUUAACAAGCUGUGGUACCUCAGUGUAAUAGCUCUAUUUUUUAAAGGCAAGAAAGACAGCGUUUCAGAAUUUGAUACUACAGAGGGUAUUAGAGGAAAUCAAAAAGAAAUUUGCUCUGCACUGGAAAAUUGGGUUGUAUAAGUGAUGGUAUGACUGCUCAGCCAGAGGCAAGAUAAGAGAGAUGUAUCAGGCCUGUUUAUUAAAUGGGUGAGACUGGUACCUUUUGUAAAAGUGAAAUUAGAGUCAAAAUUAAGGAGAUCAGACCAUGAAAAUUACUAUACUCGCUUAUUUUUUUUUUAAGUUAUUGAAGAACCCACAGAUUAAAAUGCCUUAAUAAAAGGCCUUAAUAAAAUCCAAACAACUUUUACCUUCAAGAUUAAAAAUAUACACCCACACACAGCCUUGGAUGCUGCAGCAAAGUUUUAGAGUCCUUUUGCAGUCCAAAGAGCUGAGGGCAUCUUCACCAGAUAGAGCCUUUAGUGAGUUCAAAAAGCUUGAAUCUACAAUUUCAUUCAGUUGUAUUUAAAUUUUUUUAUUUUUGAAAAAAAUGUUCAGACCUUGCUUUGGGUGACUACAGCCUAAAGAUGCAAAUCCAUGUGCAUAAAGAGGCAGCAUUUAUUUAGUUGAUUUUUUUUUUAACCAAGUGCCAUUAACCUCCAUCUCUCACAUCCCUUUUGUAAACAAGCUUAAUAUUAGGGAAAGUGCUAGAUGGACGAUCACAUGUAAGACAGAAGGACUAUAUCAGAAGGUUGAAGGCCAAAGGUAAGGCCAGAGGGACUGAGGAUGUGUUUGGGGGUGCUGAGAAAGUUAAUAAAGGGGGAAGAGAUGAAAGGGUUACAGGUCUCAUAAAGAAAGGACGGAGCGUUCGGAACUGCUGUAGAACACAUGCAUCCAAAAAGAACCGCGUCACUCAGAAAACAGAAUGUGAACACAGAGGUAACAUUAGCAUGAAUCCUUUAAAAGGAAGACCUUAAAGUAUUUGCAAAUCUGAAUUUCUAUUUAUUCCUUCACUGAAUAUAGAAACAAUGGUUAUCUGAUUAUUAGAGAUAUUAUUUUGGAUAUGUUACUUAUUAACUUGCUAUGGCUGGUAACCAUGAUAAAGUCUGUUAUUAAUAACAACCUAAUUCUUUUUUUAAAAAAGAAAAGCUUAUUUUUCAUUGACUGUAUAGAUUUAUCUACUUAGUUGUGUUUUGCUAUAUUAGUGUUUUAAUUUUUAUUUUGAGUUGGUUGUUCUGAUGAAUCAUAGGAGCCUGUCCUCACCUUGUGUUUGAGUCCUGUGUUGACUGCAGGUAUACAGCUCAAUUUAAAAAUCCUAAAGCAAAAGAAUUUUAUUUAUAAAAGAAUCAAACAGUUGCAUGCAUAAGGCUGUGAAGUUGGAUAUUUAGUAAUCGCGGCAGUGCCUUUUUUGUACUUACCCAUUGACCCCAAAAUGCAACUGUUUUAUAUUAAGUAAAUAGCAAACGAUUUAAAAAUCUCAGAGUAAAAUCUAUUUCACUACAUGGGUUCCCCCAUCCCUCCUUGUUCUGAUUUAAGUGUUGUGCUUGGCAUCUCUACCCUGUCCCAGGGACAGUGGUGUUCUAUAACUGUUAUCAUGUUAUAACAUUGUUAUCAUGUAUGAUGUUUUUGGUGCUUUUUUAUUCAUAGUUAUUUCCUACCAGAAACAGUAGGAAGAAACACACGAACUGUGUAUAAGACAUGAAACAUUGCUGCUGAUAUGUUUUUUCCACAUGCUUUUGAGUUUCACUUUUUUUAAAAAAUGAGAGCCAGCAAGCAAAAUAGACGCUGCUGGGUCUGCCUACCGAGGGCUGCUGCUUGCACCCUGCUCCAAGAUCCUGGUAUUGAGGGUUCCUUUUUGGUACUCAGGAUUGGAGCUGCAGCUGGGCCCCAUCUCCCAUUCGUUUGAGUGACACUGAGGGAAACCAGGUUUUCUUUUGAGGUGUUGCUGGCUGCCUUUUACAGAAUGGGAGCCUUCUUUGGGUCUUUUGUUCUUCUGCACCUCUUGUAGCUACUGCUGGUGUGAGGUUCAUAGAUGUGUGUCCGCCAGAGCCUAGGCUGAGGGCUGAGGUAGGCUCAAUGAAUGGGCCUGCUAUCAGAAGGGCAGAGAAGGACGAAAAGUGGGCCCCGUGGGGUUGCCCCUCUGCUGCAGCCUAGGUGAGCAGAAGCAGCCUAAGCAAGGCGCUCGGUGUGCCUGUUGCAAGCAGAACCUGCAGAAGGAUAACUUGCACAUGGAGCUGUGAUAACACUAAUGGUAUUUUUUUUCUUUUUCUUUUUUUAUAAGUCAUCAGAUAUGUUUGCAAAGUGAGUUUUAUUUUUUUGUAAUUCCUUUAUCUUUACUUAAAGGUGAAUGUGUAUUCCUCUGGGAGGAAUCGGAAGAAAACAGGAAUGUUAAUGAUGUCAAACAGAAGACUUCCUCCCUUAUUAAUAUAUAUAACCCUCAUGUAUUUAUGCCUAAUGUAAGCUGACACUUAAAACUCUUUCUUUUGUUGCAUGCCCCGUACAGGCAUCCGUAUUGUACAUGCAUGCAUGCCUUUCGUCCUGUUUUCCUGUAUAAAAUUAGUGAACAAAGAAAUAUUUUUGCCUAGUUCAUGUUGCCAAGCAAUGCAUAUUUUUAAAAUUUGUCAUAUAUGGAAAAAGCAUGUUUGUUACAUGUAAAAGCUUUACUGAUAUACAGAUAUACUAAUGUUUGAAGAUGCUGUUCUUUGCAAGUGUACAGUUUUCAAAUGUUGUUAUCAGUGAAACACCCUUGUGGUUUAAACUUGCUACAAUGUAUUUAUUACUCAUUUCCUCCCAUGUAACUAAGAAUCAUGGCUAUAUUUCAUAUCAACGUUAUAUUGAAAGUGAAGGGAAAUGAUUAAUACAAGGUUUUGUAACA